AUGAAGAACUUGGCAGCAGGAAACCACUGCACAGUGAAUGAAUUCUUGUUGGCUGGGCUCUCAGAAGAACAAGAACUUCAGAUGCCUCUCUUCCUCUUCUUCUCUGGAAUCUAUGUGGUCACUGUAGCAGGGAAUGUGGGCAUGAUCACACUGAUUGUGUUCAGUCCCAACCUGCACAAUCCCAUGUACUAUUUCCUCAGCAGUCUGUCCUUCAUUGACUUCUGUCAGUCCACAGUUGUCACCCCUAAAAUGCUGGUGGGCUUUUUGACAGAGAAGAACCUCAUCUCCUUCCCUGGAUGCAUGACUCAGCUCUAUUUCUUUAUCAUUUUUGGUAUUGCAGAGUGUCACACACUAGGUGUAAUGGCAUACGAUCGCUAUGUGGCCAUCUGUAACCCCUUGCUUUACAAUGUAACCAUGUCUUAUCAGAUUAGCAGUGCCCUGAUUACAGGAGUGUAUAUUUUUAGUAUGUUCAAUGCCUCAAUUCUCAUAGGCUUCAUGAUCAGGAUUCAGUUCUGCAAAUUAGAUGUGAUCAACCACUAUUUCUGUGAUCUUCUUCCCUUCUUGGAGCUUGCAUGCUCUAAUACCUAUAUUAAUGAGUUGUUGAUUUUAGUUUUUGGUACAUUUAACAUUUGUGUCCCAAUUCUCACCAUUAUUACUUCCUAUAUCUCCAUUAUUGUCAGUAUCCUCAGAAUUAAAUCCACAGAAGGUAGGUCCAAAGCCUUCAGCACCUGCAGCUCCCACAUCUCUGCUGUUGCUGUCUUCUUUGGUUCUGCUGCAUUCAUGUACUUACAGCCAUCAUCAGUCAGCUCCAUGGACCAAGGGAAAGUGUCAUCCGUGUUUUAUACUACUGUUGUGCCCAUGCUGAAUCCAUUGAUCUACAGCCUGAGGAAUAAGGAUGUCAGUGUUGCAUUGAAGAAAAUACUUCUAAGAAAAAAUUAA